UCGAACCCCCGAGUGGGCCAACAGAGGGUAUAAAGCCGUAGGUAAGUGCGGCGCGUUGAACUAUACUGCUUAGGCAAAGGCAAAGCCCAGUUGCGAAUGUCUCUCGGCCGUGUGUCUAGUCGGCAUUUAAGUUAAAGAAGAGAUUUGUUUUUAUUUAAAAGGCCGUAAAGUGAAUGCCUCUGCUCGUGUCUUGCCUUUUUAGUUAACGAAGCCAUUUUUAAAAAGAAUAGAAAGGACAUAGUGAUAUCCUCAGCGGUACUCCUUAAAGAAGCCGUUUACAAGAACAUUAAGGGUCAUAGUGAAGCAACAAGCGGUACCCCCAUAUAAUCCAUUACUUCGAAAGUGCCCUCUGUUUUUGGAGUCAUGACUCAUCAGAUCAAAAGCGUACUGUUGCUAGAUGGGGUUGACCCCGUCUGCGGUCAGCUGCUGACCCAAGCCGGCAUUAAAGUGACCACGAAAGGAAAACUGACCAAGGAGGAAUUACUGGCGGAAAUUAAGGGUCACGACGGCGUGAUCGUCAGGUCAGCCACCAAGGUCACAGACGAUGUCAUCAAGGCCGGCCCCCGCCUCCAGAUCGUCGGGAGAGCCGGCGUGGGCGUGGAUAACAUCGACGUGGACGCCGCCACCCGCAGGGGCGUCAUUGUUAUGAACACACCUUCUGGCAACACAUUGUCAGCUGCUGAGCACACCUGCUCCAUGAUAUGCUCCUUGAGCCGCUCCAUACCGCAGGCUUGUGCAUCGCUGAAGGAUGGGAAAUGGGACAGGAAAGCUUUUACGGGAACGGAGCUCCAUGGCAAGACUCUGGCCAUUAUAGGUCUAGGGAGGAUUGGUAGGGAGGUGGCCAAGCGGAUGCAGUCCUUCGGCAUGACCACCAUAGGCUACGACCCGAUGAUUCCCGCCAAAGUCUCCGCCGAGUGGGGCGUCGAGUCCCUCCCCCUGGAGGAAAUCUGGCCCAAGGCGGACUACAUCACCGUCCACACCCCUCUCUUGCCCCACACCAGGAACCUCAUCGGAGAGGGAGUCUUCAAAAUCUGCAAGAGGGGCAUGUACGUCGUCAACGUGGCCCGGGGUGGGAUCGUGGACGAGAGGGCGCUCCUCGCAGCUUUGGAGAGCGGCGCCUGCGCGGGGGCGGCUCUGGAUGUUUUUGAACAAGAGCCUCCAACGGAUUUCACUCUCUGCAAGCACCCGAAGGUCAUCUGUACACCCCACCUAGGGGCCAACACGGUCGAAGCCCAGCGCAGAGUGGCUGUGGAGAUCGCAGAGCAGAUCGUGGAUAUGGUGAACGGCAAGCCUCUGGUGGGCGUUAUAAACGCGCCUGCGCUCACAAACUCCACGAGCGAAGUUUGUAAGCCCUGGAUUGAGCUGUCCCAGGCUCUUGGGUACCUGGGCAACAGGCUUUCACAGCCUACUGACACGCCUUCUUUAACGCUCUCCAUCGAGCUGUUUGGCUCUGAAGUGUGUAGCAUGAAAGCCUUCCUGGGUUCAGCCGUGCUUGUUGGCUUACUCAAAGGAAUGACCCAGAGUGGUGUCAAUAUGGUGAAUGCUCCUGGAGUGGCCCACGACAUGGGGAUAACGAUCACAGUGGUGGCACAUCCUAACAAGCAGCCUCCCGUCACCUGUGCUGCCCCAGAAGCCCUCCAGCUCAAAAUCACGAGAGGGCUGAAGGAGCACACACUUCUUGGAAACUGUGCUGGAGGCCAGCCAACACUGUAUGCACUAGAUGGCUGCGUCUGGGAAUCAGGUCUGACUCUAGGACGUAAUAUGUUGUUCUUCAGCGCGCCACCUACAGCCUCUCCGUUAGCGGCCAUAGCCACGCAGCUGGUAGGCCUGAGAGCACCACUGACGUCAAUUUUAUCUUCAGCCCCAACCCAGAAGGAAGUGUGGCACGUGGCAAGAACUACAGCAGCUGUAGAUAGCACUCCAGUUGUCCCAGACGCGGAGUUAGUUGCACAGGUUACAUUCUAAAUCUAACAUGAUUUUGUAGGUUUUCAUUUAAUGUCGCAUUUUUUUGUAGGUUUUCAUUAAAUGUCACAUUUUCUCUAGGUUUUUCAUAUAUCAUACUUUAGACUGCUGUAGGAAGGGUGGUGGUUAAAAACCACUCAUUGUUUUUCCUUGUACCAUGUAUUAUCCACAUGCCAUUGAUAUUACAAUUGCUUAGCCGUAAAAGUACAGUACCGUUUUAGAAAUGCAUGUUUUGCACUGCUUACCAUGUUUUCACCGUUUAUUAACUGGUAAUUGUAUAAUUUUCCGUAAAUCCAGCUGCUGUUGUUUUUUGUUAUGCUAUAUGGAAAUAUAUGUACUAAAAUACA